GUCAGGCACAAAAUGCUGCACAACAUCCAAGAUGCCGGGGGAAGAGAUAUCUAGACUCAAGAUGAUGUCUUCUGGCUGGUUCAACGAUUGUGCCUGCACCACAAAAGAGUCCGAGAGGUCUAAAAUGCUCUCCCCUCCUCAUCUUCAUCUCUUAGAAUCUGUGGCUUCUUUCAAUAUUCCACUCAAAUUCGACUUUCUUCAGGGGGAAUUUUUCCUAGACUUCCCAGCUCCAAGUAUCUUUAUGGAUAAGUUCUACACAUGAAUCAUAACAAAACUCCUGUUACCAAAUACCUUGGCUUAAAGACACAGCUGCCAGAACAGGUGAGUAUAAAACACCUUUUCUCUUUUCCCUUUACCCCUUAAGUUAAAUUGGGGUCAACAGGAUUUUUUUUCCUUCUCCUCUUUAUCUCUCAUUUCCGUCUCCUUUUACUUUAAGGAGGUGGCUCAGUAGAGAGAGGCAGGCCAGGCUUACCUAAUCAACUAAGCAAGGAGGAACCUCAGGAGAAGGAGCUCUUAGGAGCUCCUAGCCCGCAAAAAACAGCUGAAUACAGCUAGGGAGCUAACUUAAAACCCAUUUUUUUUUCUGUUUCCUGGCCUUUCUAGUCUUAAAAAUUUAAGUGGGCUUUGCUCAAGGAAGAUAGCACAUGGUCCUAGCGGCUUUAGCCUGAGGGCCAAAGAAGAUUGCUGGGACCCACCCACAUACACUUUGUAAAGAAGGAGAAUUUACAAUACAAUAGGCCCUUAGCCUGUAUCUCAGAGCCACCUACUGUAAAAAGAAAAAGCCUGUGGAAAGUUUGCUGCUUUGCCCUGCUCCCCACUUGCUUUGUGAAAUUACAAAAUAUACAUAUAAAAAUGACUACUAUAUUCUUUGACAAUUAUACAGCAGCUGAAGUAGGGGCAUUGAGGAAUGAAGGAUACCUCCAAAUUUUUAUAUUAAUAGGUACUGUCAUUUUUGUAAUCCUCAAUACUAUAUUUAGAGAUGAAAAAAUAAAAAAAAUUGAGGAUAAAAUGCAAGCCCAAUUAGAAGAUCUAAAAAGUCUCUUACAGGAUCAAUUGGAAAACAACCACUCUACCAGAAACAGACCUGUUUCUGAACCUUUGAAUGAGGAAAUUUCCUUCCCUGAAAUAGAGAUGGAAAGCACCUUGCCUAUAGCCCAGUUAACAGACUGCUUCUCUCGUGCAGUGCAAAUCUUGUCUGAAUUUAAUCCCCAAAACCCUCCCCCUGCAAUCCCAGCUUCUCAUGUUCCUUCUCCUACAGAAAACCAAAUUCCAAUGCAAGAGAAAUCUUGUCCUCCUAAAAAAACCUGUUCUUGUCAAACUGACCCACAGGUGCAAAAUUCAACUAGAGGCCUGUUUCCUCUAAGAGAAGUACCUGAAAUAGGACGAAAUGGGGAUGUGGUGACUUUAAGACAUAGGAUACCGUUUACUCCCCAAGAAAUAAAUGAAUUUACACGAAAUAUCCCCACAUAUGAACAAGAUCCUUUUCUAGUAACAAAAAAGAUGGGAGACAUAUUUUUUCAGUAUAAUCCGUCUUACAAGGACGUUGAGAGCUUACUACAGGCUUUUUUAAGUGAACGUGAAAAAAAUAAAAUAAUUGCUCAUGUCAACAAAACCAGGGGGCGUAAUGCAGCACAUUGGCCAUCUCAGGAUCCCGAAUGGGACUAUAACAAUCCUGAUGAUUAUCUACAACUAUACCGUUGUAGAGAGGCCAUCCUCACGUCCAUGAAGGAAUGUGCAGACAAUACAGAUAAGUGGAUGGAACUGGAAAAAAUUAAGCAAAAGGCCGAAGAAACCCCCUCCAGAUUUAUGGACAGAAUUAUCGAGUUUGGGGACAGAUACUUAGAUUGGGACUUAACUAAAGAGAGUAGUAUAAGACAAGUUAGAAGAAUCUUUGUAAACAAUUCUUGCAAAGCAAUUAAAAAUUAUUUCAAAACACAAUGCCCAAGAUGGUCAGAUAUGGACCUUGAAGAAUUGCGAAAAACAGCUAUAUAUGUUUUAAAGGGAAACGAAGAAAAGGAGAUAGAAAACAAUGAUGACAUGGAGGAAAUGAAGAAAAAAAUGAAAUAUUUAAUAGAUAGGAUAACUAAAUUAGAAAGUGGGCAUGAUAAUGAACCAACGACAAUUGCCCCUCUCCAGAAAUCCAAUUAUCAAUCCAUUACUUGCCACUUCUGUGAGAAGAAGGGCCACAAAAUGAUGGAAUGUAGAACCUUUCUUAAGAUGUUUGGAAGGAAUACACAGUUUAAUAAUAGUUUUAGAAAUAAUAACUAUAAUGAAUAUAGAAAUAAGAACUUUAGAAACCAGAAUUAUAGAAAUAGGAAUUGGGAAAUUAAUGACAAUGCUCAAAUUGAAGAAAAUUUUAAUGAUAAUACUCAACAAUAUAUGAGAAAUGGCGCUCGUCCAAAAACUACUCGAGGUACUAAUGACCCUCAGAGAGGUGCCCUUCAGGGGGGUGCCCAAGGAAUAUCCCAAACACAAUGAUGGUGCCCGG